UAUGUUCCUUACUUUGGAAAAAUGCUAUAAUGUACUUAUUCCCUUUUAGGCAUCCAGUUCAACUCUUAGUGAAGUAAGUGUUGGCUGUUUUGUAUCUGGUGAAUGUAAAGCCACACCACUGGGACCUCCUAAUUCCCAGUGGUGAGUGUUUUGCCUAUGGCAGCAGCACUAGUACUUUGGAAAUAGGCAAGCUUUUAAGAAAUUAAAGCAAAUACUUGAUGACACUUUCAAGAGUGUGGUGACAUUAUUUCAGAGGCAGGAAAGCGUAGUCAAAAAAAAAAUGCAUUAGUGUGCCACUGAUAAUGGUUUUAAUGUGUUUCACUACUACUGCCCUGUAUGUUUAUGGGAAAAAAGGACAGAGUGUAAGAAGAUCUGUGUUAUCCUUGUGGAUAAAGUAGUAGCUUGGAGUUCAAAAUACUACAAAGAGAGAGAAGCUCUGGGAAAAUGAAUAUAUAUGAGCUUGGUUGGUUAUGGUUUGGUUUCCUUUGUUGUUUGUCCCCUGGCUGUGGAGCAAAUAUUGAUACUCUGGGGUUCUCUGACAGACAUCAACAGGGAAUGGGGAAAUGAAGGAGCUGUAUUGCUAUCAGACGACACACCACAUAAUAAAUGACAUAGAACACUUCCUGGCAACAAAUGAUUGCAACAUAGUUCACUAAGUAUCUUAGCAUUUGCAUCAGGGAGAUACUUCUGCCAUUUCUCAAUUAGCUCUUCCGCCCUCAUAGCAUCCUGGAAUGCUCAAGAAAGGAUGAAGACCCCAAGUAUGCCAAAAGUGAAAUAUUUGACCUAAACCCUUCUUUUUUGAGUCAUUGCCUUGUGAAUUGUAUUCGGGUUUGUUUUACUAAAUUAUGACUGUUUAAAAUAUGCUUUUUAUGCCUUCUUUUACAUUAAGUCCAUUAAAGGGUGGAGAAACUAGAAAUGGUGAUGUGAGCCCUAAGAUAACUGGGCUUUAAAAAGAAGUGCUGAGAAAAGAUUAAUAGGUCAGAAAUGGGUCAGGUUACUAUUAAAAAUUAGCAUUGCUAAAAAGAGUGAUGGUUGGCAUACUGGACUGAGAACAUGUUCUUAAAUAUAAUGCUUUUUGGGGGGUUAUUUGUAUUUUAUAAGCUGUUGGUAAGUUACAACCAAGUAAAGAAGACUGAAAAAAUGGUGGAAACCAUUUCAGUGGGGAAAAUGUCAGUUUCUGAGCUUCAGUCAAGAUGCAGUGAACUUGAAAAUACAGAUAAAGUGAAGGCUGAAAUACUUAUCUAACUUUUGUUCUCUGACUUGAACUGCUAUUUACCUUUCUAUUUGGAAGAAAAGGGCUAUUAACAUUUUUACAGCAACCUAUAUUCUGAGGCAUGUCUUCUGAAUUCUACCUAGCAAAUGCUUAACUGUGAUUAUUAUUUGAAGGAUUUUUUGCCAGUGACAAGAAAUAUUUUUAGCUAUGUAUGCAUCAUAUCAAUUUAGAAAUUACAAGCAUGUAAAAAUUAAUUAAGGAUGUGUGUUGGAAAGGUUACCAUUUUUCUAAUUGUAGCAGUUACGCCAAUAAAAGAUGUUUCCUUAUAAGCUUGGCUUACAAGAGUGAAAUUGCUGUUCUGUGGGCAUUUAUACCUAAAAGUUUCAUAGUGUUAUAGUCUUACGGAAGAGUAGCCCUGCAAAGAAUUCAGGGCUAAAUGAAGAAAAUGGCUGUAAUUUCCUGUUUCUGAAAGUCAAGUGAGGUUUUGAGAGUGUGGGGUUUUGUUUUAAAUUAAAAUUAUUAACUAUUAAUGAAACUUUUCUGAUUCAGAGGAGUUGUGACUGAUAGUCACAAAUGACUAUGACAUUACUGAGGAGAAACACAAACAAGUGUCCUUGUACUCCGUGAAGUGGCUGUGAAGGGUGUUGGAGGACUGUCUCACCCUUUGUGACUGACGCUCUGUGACUGACGUAUGGGCCAUUUUCUUGGUUCACUUGGCAUUACAGCAGAACCUGGAGAUCCUGCUUUGUUCAACAUUGCAUGAAGCCAUACUACUCAGAACGUGCCAUUGAAAGCAUCUCUCAACUGAAACAUGCCUUGGCAAAAGGUGAGGAUGGCAUUGGAUUUGACCAGUCUGCUGUGGAUGAGGGCAGUGACAAUGCAGACAGGGACAAGGAUGACUGUGGGAAUGCAGCCAGUCAGGAACUGCAGCACAGUCACGCAGUUAACCAACUUAAAAUGUUGUUGCAACGCCAAGAAAGAAUGGAAAGUGAAGAGUCUCCCUCAAGAAGGAAGAAGUCAUUACACAAACCCACAGAAGCUGUGCCUGGAGACUUACCAGCCCUUUCCGAUCUCGUUCCUGUAAUCAAUGAUCAGUCGCAGUACAUUAACCAUUUGGAAGCAGAAGUGAAGUUUUACAAGGACGAGUUGUGUGGGAUGAAAGAUCGAGAACAGGCAGUUUUACUUGAAAAUGAGGAGCUCCAUCAGAAACUGAAAUUCUUAACUGCAGAAUACACGUUGAGAGAACAAACUCUUCUAGAUGUCUCAGCAAAUACUCAGAACUCCUGGCCUGUAGGUGGUAAAGACUGCAGCACACACCAGCCUGUCACCUCAUCAGCAGCACAUAACAAAGAUCAGGCUUUUGUUACAGCAGCUUCUGGAGACAAAGCAAAAUGGCCUGUAGGACUGGAGAAUCUAAAACUUCUUUAUCAAGAAAAAGUCAGUAUCCUUGAUGCUCAAAUACAGUCUCUAAGAAAAGACCUUUCAGAAUCUCAGAAGACAUGCAAAGAUUUGGAAGAAAGGCUGCAACACCAGAAGUCGCUCGUUGCAGCCAGAAAUUCUACCCAGGUUGGUGGUCUGUGCCUGAACUGUGCCCAGCACGAGGCUAUUCUUGCACAGACUCACUGUAACGUUCAUGUGCAGACCAUCGAGAGGCUGACAAGAGAAAGAGAUGACUUGAUGGAAGCACUUGUUUCAGUGAGACAAAGCAUGAAAGAGAUGCAGCAAAGAGAAUCUAAUGCUUGUAGGCAAGUUGAACAUGCAGUGCAAAUGGCAGAAGAGGCCAAUUUCGAAAAAACAAAGGCUCUAGUCCACUGUGACCAACUGAAAAGUGAGAUGGAACGGCAGAAGAAUUAUCUUGAAAAGGAGUUGGCUGCCCAGCUAAAUAAGAGGGCUGAUGAAAAAGAAGCACUGCAGGAAGAAAUGAAGAAGGAAAGGGAGGACUUGACAGCAAUGGUGACAGCUUUGUCUAAGGAUGUGGCUGUUUUGGAGGCUCAAGUAGAGAGAAUUACAAGAGAAAAGAAUUCUCUAGUUAACCAGUUAGAAGAAUCCCAGCACCAGCUUGCAUCUCAUGAAAUGGAGAUGAAUAAGGUGUGUGGAGAAAUGCGCUAUCAGUUGAAUCAAACCAAAAUGAAGAAGGAUGAGGCAGAAAAGGAGCUCAGAGAGUACAGAACAAAAACUAUAAGGGAGCUUGAAAUUAAGGACCAGAAAAUAGAAAAACUGGGAUUAGAGUUGAAUGGAAACAAACAGCGUUUGGAACAAGCCCAGCAGGAUGUGACAGGAGCCAGAGAGGAGUGCCUAAAACUGACAGAACUGCUGAGUAAAUCUGAGCACCAACUGCACCUCACCAGACUGGAGAAAGAGAGCAUUCAGCACAGCAUUAGCAAUGAAGCAAAGGCCCGAGCCCUUCAGGCCCAGCAAAGAGAGCAGGAGCUGACACAGAAGAUGCAGCAAAUGGAGGCCCAGCAUGAGAAAACUGUAGAAGAACUGGAUUCCUUGCUGACCUCCCAGAAUACCUUCAUAGCAAAAUUAAAGGAGGAAUGUUGUCUGUUGGCAAGGAAGUGGGAACAAAUGUCAGAAAAAUACAGAUCUGAAGUCAACCAGCUUAGUCAGGAAAAAGAGUAUCUUCAUGGCAGAUUGGAGAAGAUGCAGAAACGGAAUGAUGAAUUGGACCAACAGUGUAUCCAGCAUGGGAGAAUGCAUGAGAGAAUGAAGUCAAGGUUACAGCAGCUUGACAAGCACUGCCAGGCCACUGCCCAGCAGUUAGUGGAGUUGCUCAACAAACAGAAUCAGCUCUUCAAAGAGAAGCACCUGCUUACAGAAGAGGUGCAGUUUCUGCGAACACAGGAGAAAAAACGGGAUGCAGAUCUCAAACAGGACACAGAUGGAAUCAAGUAAAAACCUGGAUGGAUAAAGAGAAAUGAGCAGAAGUCUGCUCUGCACCUGGCUGAAACUUGUCUGAGGUUCACCCAAAGACACCUCUGCAGAAAACAGGCACACUUGCUAGCUAAUUUCAGCUGGUUUCUAUUUGGUUUUAACUACAGAAUCACAAAUAUUUUGAAGCCUUACCAGCCUACCAAACUUUCUGGGAUGACAGCUGAGACAUUUCUGAAAAGACCAGGCUAGCAAGCCAGUUUUAACAGCUAUUACGUGAUGUGGAUGUCAAUAAUUUGUACAAUUUUUAUAAAAUGUUUUUAUCUAUUUUCAUAGUUGAACAUACAUGUCUAUAUUAUUUACAAACUGAAAUAUCAAUAAACCUAAUAGGAUCUCUA